UGCUUGGUCGGUCGAUGUUGAUUUGGUGCUGAGACAACUAUCUGCUGUCAGCUGAGUGACGUGGAAUCGAAGUGUUACUUUCUAGAGCAUCUACGAAAACCAAGUUCGCGCAAUACAAAAUUUGCUCUAAUAUAAAGUAGCUGCUGUUCGGUUUUGAGUGGGUCAAGUUAGGGUCAAACAUAGGGGUUCAUUAUAUCCCAACAGAGUUUGGUAGGAAGUCGACUUUACGAAAUGGUACUAUUGUCGGCAUCUGUGAUUACGAAGUCCGGGAAGCCGCUUGCCUCUCGGCAAUUUGUGGAAAUGAGUCGAUCGCGCAUCGAAGGCUUACUUGCUGCAUUUCCUCGACUAUUAGGCAAAAGUGCAAGGCAACAUACAUUUGUAGAAACUGAUUCAGUGCGCUACGUCUACCAACCAUUGCUGGACAAACUUUUCAUGGUCCUUAUUACAACAAAGACCUCUAACAUUUUAGAAGAUCUUGAAAUGCUUCGCCUUUUCGCGAAAGUUGUUGCAGAGUAUUGCCACUCGUUAGAGGAGAAUGAUGUUAUAAUGUCAUCUCUCCAAUUAGUGUUGGCGUUUGAUGAGUUGGUAGCAAUGGGCUACCGUGAGAACGUUACCCUCGCUCAGAUUCGAACGUUCGUUGAGAUGGAUUCACAGGAAGAAAAAGCUGCCAUCGCUGCUCGUUUAAGCCAGGAGCGUGAAGCUAAGCAGAAAAUGAAAGAAAAAGCGAAAGAAUUGCAGAAACAGAGAGCGGAAGCAGCAAGGAAAGGCACCCUUGGAUCGAUGGGGCGCAGUAGUAUGAGUGGAGGUCCUCAUUCCGGCAGCUUCGGCUCUUCUUCAUUUCAGACUACCUCAGAUUCUGCUCAAAAACCCGCUUAUCCUUCUAAUACAGCUCGUCCGAAAGGCCUGAAAUUGGGGUCUAAAGCUAAAGAGUGGGAUCAGUUUGCAAAUCAGCUUCAACAAGAGGGCGAGAGGGUACAAUCAUCAGUCAAGGCUUCACCUUCCAGUAAAGAACUAAUAGAAACAUGUCAACAAGUUAAGAAGGAGGCGGUACACUUAACCUGCGAGGAGAAGAUUGCUUGCCAGUUACUACGCGAAGGUGGCCUCCAAUCGUUGGAAAUUCAUGGUAUGCUCACGUUACGAAUCUCAGAUGAGAAUUGCGCUCUUGUCCGUAUUCAGAUGGAGAACAAAGAUCCGCGGCAGUUUCAGUUUAAUCAGCAUCCAAAUAUUGAUAAGGACCUAUUCCGCAAUUCUGGUACGAUUGGUCUAAAGGCUCAAGGCAAGUUUUUUCCUGUUAAUGCUGAUGUUGGAGUCCUCAAGUGGCGUCUGCAAAGUAAUGACGAAAGCUUGGUUCCUCUCGCCAUUAGCUUCUGGGUAAACGACAAUGGCAACGGAGGAUGUGAUUGUAAUCUUGAGUACCAGCUUGAGCAUCCUCACUUGGAACUUAAAGAGGUCGUUAUAGAAAUACCGUGUCAUGGGAAUCCGCCGGUCGUCCACGAGUGCGAAGGAGAGUACAACUUUGAGUCACGUCGGAAUGCUUUGGAAUGGCGUAUACAACUAAUUGACUCGAAUUCAGCAUCUGGCACGCUAGAAUUUACGGCCAGCGGUCGACCUGAUGAUUUCUUCCCAGUUACAGUACAGUUUUCAUCAAACACACUUUAUUCGAAGAUUCUUGUCGCUGGUGUGCAACACGCAGAAACGAAACAACCUAUGCGUUACUCGAUUGAACAAAGCUUCAUAGCGGAAUCUCACAAGUAUCAAAUGUCUUAAAUAGACUCUAAAAGGGUCGUUGGGGGAUCAAGUCUCCUUUGCAUGCUGCUUUAGGCUUUGUCGAAAUUCUGUGGGCUGAUAUUUGCAAUAUUCUUCUACUCAUAAUUGUUACCAAAAUGAGUAACGAGGUUAACAUAACUCUUGAUCACUUUAUAUAUAAUGUGGAUGCCAAUGUAAGUCGUUUUAGGUCGACGGUAAUGGUGACAACAAUUUAUGCUCUAAAAAUUAUGUGCAUUCAACUGCCUGCUGAUUUUUCCUCAUUCGCAGGUGAAAACUUAUUGGAACUAUAGGUACACAUCAAGUAAAGAAUAAAAAAUAUAAUUUCAGUGUUA